AUGACCAUGCAGACCUGGUGGCUUUUCGUGGUCACGGUUUUCUUCAUCUCGGCAACGCCGGGACCGAACAUGAUGCACGCCUUGAGCCGUAGCGUUCAGGUCGGAUUUCGGCGCAGUGUUGCGGCCAUGGCCGGGUGUAUCUCGGCACUAUUGCUUGCGCUCGUGCUGUCGAUGGUCGGUAUCGGCGCCGUGUUGACGGCCAUGCCGCGUCUGUUCGACGUAAUUCGUUAUGCGGGGGCGGCCUAUCUGGUCUACCUUGGCAUCAAGGCGUGGCGGGCAGACGAUGCGCCUGAAACAGGCGCCGACAACACCCGGCCUGAAACAAGGGCCAGCGGCUGGAGCCUUUACCGCAAUGGUUUUCUGGUCGGGAUCAGCAAUCCCAAAUUACUGCUUUUCGCAGCAGCGUUCUUUCCGCAGUUCAUCGAUCAUCAUAAGCCGGUUCUGCCGCAAUUCGGCAUUCUGCUCGUGACCUAUCUGUUUUCCGAUGGGUUCUGGCUAUCGCUCUAUGGUCUGGGCGGCCAUUCGCUAUCGCGCUUUCUGAGCCGCAGACCUGUCAGACGGGCUUUCAACCGUCUGACCGCCAUCGUUUUCGUCGCGUUCGGCGUUGUUAUCUUACGUGCGAAGGCCUGA